AUGGGUUUAAACAUCAAACAUUUUGAAGAGGAUAACAUCGACUCGAAAUUCAUCUGCUCUCACUGUCAUGGCGUUUUUGUCGAUCCAGUUUUGUGCAAAUGUGGACAUAUUUUGUGUUGGGUCUGUUUUAAACGGCGAAAGAAACGCAAGUCCAAUUGUCUUGUGUGUUCAGAGGAGCUGGCUGUCUCAUCCGAGGCUUUGGAGGGCGAAUGGUUGAAAGAGUUGGGUGAAUUAAAGGUUAUUUGCCCGAAAGGCUGCAAGAAGGUUGCUGCUUUGGAGUUUUUGACGCAGCAUUUUGACAACGAAUGUGAAUUUGCUCUCACUUCCUGCACAAGUAAGGGUUGUAAUAAGAAAGUACGACGUACAGAUUUGCCAGAUCAUUUAACAAAAUGUGAUUUUCGCCUGGUUUCAUGUUGCUGUGGUGUCCAGAUAAGAUUUCUGGAGCUGCGUCAGCAUCAGCUUGCGCAGAAAUGUGUUGUGAAACAAAAUCUUCAAGUGAUUGUACGAAAAAGACGAGAAAUGGAGCAGGCGAUCAGGGAUCACAGGUUGGCCAUGCAGAAACAGUGUUUUGAAGAGGAGUGUGAACAAAGACGCAUGAUAAAAUCCAAGCAAGGAUGUAGUAGACUAACCACCGCUAUGUCGGUACGAUCUGAGCCAGCAAUGAGUUCUGUUGCUAAGGAGACAGGUGUGGCAAGGUUGUCUUCAAGUCACAGUGCACCCGGAACACUUCGGAGAACUGUAUCAAACUGUCGGCAUUGUGGGAAGUUAUAUUCCAAGAGGAAUAAUCACAAAAGGGCAUGUACUUGGCAUUUUGGGGUAGGUUGCAUUUGAUAACAUUUACAGAGUUGCAAUCUAGCUGCCAUUAGUUCGAUUUUGACUAAUUGUUUUUAUUUUCUUUUUUAUGUUCAAUUUCCAAAAUGAAUAGCCAGUGAGUAUGCGUUGCUAUGCAUUUAUUAGAGAUUAUCAACCAAAUAGAUUUCCCUCCCAUAUAUCACAGACUUGAUUACAUGAUUGUUUUGACUAAACGAUAUAAAUCAUAUGGCAUUCCUUCCUGAUAUUUAUUCUUUUGUAUUUCAUUUUCAGAUUGCUGAUGUGUUUGUAAGUAUUUUCUUUCGUUUGUUAGCUUUUAUAAUGGUAGAGUAG